AUGAUUGCGAGACAACACUGCGAAAGCGGGCAACAUCUUGUUGUACACUUGAGUGUCAUCACAACCCCUGCAGUUGUCGGGGGCACAGUACACAUUUGUUUCUGGUAUUUGCAAAUACUUAUUUGCAUAACUAGUGCUCGAAAUGGUACUUUGGCGGACGAGAACGAAGUUAAAAACUCAUUUGAGACUUACAAAACGGACGAAAGGACGAACAACAUAGGACGAAAACUACGAAUUACAAAGGACGAGAGGAACGAACAACAAAGGACGAAAAUAUCGAACAACAAAAGACGAAAAGGACGUACAACAAAGAACAAAAGGACGAACAACAAAGAACGAAAAGAUCUAACAACAAAAGAUGAAAAGGACGAACAACACAGGACGAAAAGGACGACCAACAAAGAACGAAAAACGAAAAACAGAAGUACGAAGGGCGAAAAGGUCGAAGCACGAAUAGGACGAAGGACGAAAAGGACGAAAGAAGACGAGAACGAAGGACGAAUAGGACGAAUAACGAACGACGAAAAUUAUCAAGGACGCAACGGACGGAGCACGGAGAACGAAAAGGCGAGAAAGCCGAAGGACAAAAGCACAAAGGAUGAAAGGGACAAAGGACAAAAAGAGUGA